ACUGCGUCGGCGCGUGAUGUUCUUCCGCGGGAGUCUAGCGCGCGGCCCUUUCCCUCCCGACAACACAGGAUGAGAACAAGCUGCUAAAAAGGAGCUGUUACCCCGCGGAGCGCUUGAAUACAGGCGGCAGGCAUCGAAAACUCCAUCGACAAACCCCCGAAAGUGGACGUUUGUCGGGGUUUCUUUUUUCCAGCACGUUUCCUCAACUUCCUUACUUUCAUUUCCCAUUGGUGUAACACACCGAGGAAAUAUAAUCUGGUUUGAGUUGUGCGCGGCAAUCUAACUAGCCAGCUAGCGACUACUUCUGUGAAGAGUGGCUGGGACAGAGAAUGGAGCUGAUAACAAUCCUCGAAAAAACCGUCUCCCCAGAUCGACAUGAGCUGGAGGCGGCACAGAAGUUUUUGGAGCAGGCGGCGAUUGAAAAUUUGCCCACUUUCUUGGUGGAGCUCUCUAAGGUGUUGGCCAACCCAGGGAACACCCAGGUAGCCCGGGUUGCUGCUGGUCUUCAGGUGAAGAACUCCCUCACAUCCAAGGACCCAGAUGUGAAAGCACAGUACCAGCAGAGAUGGCUGGCCAUCGACACCAACGCCCGCAGGGAGAUCAAGAACUAUGUGCUGCAGACCCUGGGCACAGAAACAUACAGACCCAGCUCGGCAUCCCAGUGUGUGGCAGGCAUUGCAUGUGCUGAGAUCCCGGUCAGUCAGUGGCCUGAACUCAUCCCCCAGCUGGUUGCCAACGUGACCAAUCCUAGCAGCACGGAGCAUAUGAAGGAGUCCACACUGGAGGCCAUUGGUUACAUCUGCCAGGACAUAGACCCAGAGCAGCUCCAGGACAGCGCCAACCAGAUCCUCACCGCCAUCAUUCAGGGCAUGAGGAAGGAGGAGCCCAGCAACAAUGUCAAACUUGCUGCCACUAAUGCACUGCUCAACUCUCUAGAGUUCACCAAAGCCAACUUUGACAAGGAGACUGAAAGACACUUUAUCAUGCAAGUUGUCUGUGAAGCCACACAAUGUCCAGACACCAGGGUCAGAGUGGCAGCAUUGCAGAACCUGGUGAAGAUCAUGUCCUUAUAUUACCAGUACAUGGAGACAUAUAUGGGGCCAGCACUCUUUGCAAUUACAAUAGAAGCCAUGAAGAGUGAUAUUGAUGAAGUUGCUUUGCAAGGAAUUGAAUUUUGGUCCAACGUGUGUGAUGAAGAGAUGGAUUUGGCAAUUGAAGCCACAGAGGCAUCGGAGCAAGGGCGCCCCCCUGAGCACACCAGCAAGUUCUACGCAAAGGGAGCUUUACAGUACUUGGUUCCCAUCCUCACACAGACGCUCACCAAACAGGAUGAGAAUGAUGACGACGAUGACUGGAACCCGUGUAAGGCUGCGGGCGUGUGCCUCAUGCUGCUAGCCACCUGCUGCGAGGAUGACGUCGUACCCCAUGUGCUACCCUUCAUCAAAGAAAACAUCAAACACCCUGACUGGCGCUACCGCGAUGCCUCCGUCAUGGCAUUCGGCUCAAUCCUGGAGGGCCCUGAGCUCAACCAGCUCAAACCACUUGUCAUCCAGGCCAUGCCUACACUGAUUGAGCUGAUGAAGGACCCCAGUGUGGUGGUGAGGGACACCACGGCUUGGACGGUGGGCCGCAUCUGCGACCUUCUGCCAGAAGCUGCUAUUAAUGACCUCUACCUGGCCCCUCUGCUCCAGUGUCUGAUCGAAGGGCUCGGCGCUGAGCCCCGUGUGGCUUCCAAUGUGUGCUGGGCGUUCUCGAGUUUGGCUGAAGCUGCAUACGAGGCCACAGAUGCUGCCGAGGAUCAGGAGGAGCCCAGCACAUACUGCCUCUCCUCUUCAUUCGAGCUCAUCGUCCAGAAGCUUCUGGAAACCACUGACCGACCGGACGGACAUCAGAACAACCUGCGCAGUGCCGCAUACGAGGCCCUGAUGGAGAUAGUCAAGAACAGCGCUAAAGACUGCUACCCUGCCGUACAGAAGACCACGUUGGUCAUCAUGGAGCGCCUGCAGCAGGUUCUUCAGAUGGAAUCCCACAUCCAGAGCACGUCAGACAGAAUCCAGUUCAACGACCUCCAGUCGCUGUUGUGCGCUACGCUACAGAACGUUCUGAGGAAAGUGCAGCACCAGGACGCGUUGCAGAUCUCAGACGUGGUCAUGGCCUCUCUACUGCGCAUGUUCCAGAGCACGGCAGGCUCGGGUGGUGUGCAGGAGGACGCCCUCAUGGCCGUCAGUACUCUGGUAGAAGUUUUGGGCAGUGACUUCUUGAAAUACAUGGAUGCCUUCAAACCCUUUUUGGUUAUCGGACUUAAGAACUAUGCUGAAUAUCAGGUGUGUCUAGCUGCCGUGGGUCUAGUGUGUGACCUCUGCAGGGCCCUGAUGGCCAACAUUUUGCCUUACUGUGAUGAAAUCAUGCAGCUGCUACUAGAGAAUCUGGGUAAUGAGAAUGUCCACAGGUCUGUGAAGCCUCAGAUCCUGUCUGUGUUUGGUGACAUUGCCCUGGCCAUUGGAGGAGAGUUUAAAAAGUACUUGGAGGUUGUGUUAGACACCCUGCAGCAAGCUUCACAGGCACAGGUGGACAAGACAGACUACGAUAUGGUGGACUAUCUGAAUGAGCUGAGGGAAGGUUGCCUGGAGGCCUACACAGGCAUCAUCCAGGGCCUGAAAGGAGACCAGGAGAAUGUGCACCCUGAUGUGAUGCUGGUGCAGCCACGGGUGGAGUUCAUCUUGUCCUUCAUCCACCAUAUUGCAGAAGAUGAGGACCACUCUGAUGGGGUGGUGGCCAACGCGGUUGGUCUCAUUGGUGACCUCUGCACAACCUUUGGCAAAGAUGUGAUGAAGCUUGUGGAGGUUCGGCCCCAGAUCAACGACCUUCUGACUGAGGGCCGACGGUCCAAGACCAGCAAGACCAAGACCCUGGCCACCUGGGCCACCAAAGAGCUCCGCAAACUGAAGAGCCAGGCUUGAUUUGUCUCUGAUUGGGGGAACCUUAAACCUUGAGAGAAGCAGCCCAGUGGAGUGAGUUCUGUGUUUUGCACGCGCGAGUGGAAGCCGAAGAGCGGUGUGUGCUGGCCUGAGUGUCUGAGUGAGAGCGAGUGAGAGCGAGAACGAGCGAGUGUACGUGACGAAUGACAUCACACCACCUUCUGAGUACAAUUCCAGCAGUUGCCGGCAGACAAACAGCACCCCCAAUCCCUUACCCAUCACCCUCCCAACCCCCACCUCAAAAAAAGGAGAGAUGAAGCAAAAAAAUAACCCUCCUUUCACCCUCCAAAUCUCUGCCCUUUCACCUGUGGACUCUGACCCAAGAAGGACAACAUGAACUGGAUUGCUGUAGCUGACUAGCUCCUAUACAGGCUCUUAUUAAACAACAAUUUAGUCAACAGCAGGACCAUGAGACUGAGGAGAGGCGUGGCUAACUGCCAAAAUGUGGUUUCUCUAUGCUCAUGCAAAGACUCCUUUACCCAUCCAACGGAUAUACGGAACCGCCCCCACCACCACCACCAAAUUUUCUUUGCGGGGUUGGUUUUUACUUCCUUAUUAUUUUUUUGCCCGCUUUAUAAGCGCUGUUUUUCUGACUCGAUGGAAUCUGUUUAAGUGACGAUCGCUUCCAAUCAUAUGUGGAAAGAGCAGGGAGGAAGGGGGAGCAGAUUGCAUAACUGCCGUUCAACAAACCGGGAAGAGAUCUCUGCUGGAGUUGAAGAUGGCCAAGACUGGAUCUGGCUGGUCUGCCGAGAGUGUGUCUGUGUGUGUGAGGGGAGGGGUUUGCUGUCUCUAAACCCUGCCCCUUCUGUUCUUUCAGCUAAUAAUAAAAAAAAUAUACAUAGCUUGAUGCAAAUUCAGUGAGCUGCACUUCUGAAGCCUACAUGAGUGAGCCAAUGGCAACUACACAGGCAGGAGAUUUCCCUCUCUUACUUUCUGCAAGUGAAUCACUGACAAUUGUUCACCAUUUGUUUUUCUUUUUAAAGGUAACUUUUUUUUUUUUCUCUCCCCCCCCCUCCUUUUUCUUAUCAGUGUGGGCUAUUAAGGUUUGCAGAACCUUUUCAGUAGCCUUAGCUAGGAGAGAAUAUCGUAACUCAAAGCAAAGACUGGUUGUUUUUAGCACUGUUGGGAAUGCACAUGGGGUCAUCUUAGGAAGAGGGUGAAGGCACUAGAUUCAAAGAAACACGGAGGUCUCCCAAACAAUUUUUUUAAAUGCAGGGAAAAAGUGCCAAAUUCAUAAUUCAGAAUGGGCUGGAAGGUUAAUUUUGUGGUUUAAUGAAUUGUAGAAGAGGAUGAUGCACUCAAUUUCUAAAUGCAAAAUGAGCCUGGGAUUGAUCUGGUGUGACCUGUUUUAAUUAGGAUCUGCUUGGGAUUUCAGCCCUGUUUGGCUUUCUUGCUGCACUUGGUUGGAAAAGGGAGACUUCCAAGCUUGAUUUAAAAAGAAAAAAAGAGAAUCAGAUGUUUGUAUAAGGUUAUAUUUUUCCAUUUCUCUGAAAGAACCCACAAUAAAAUUAUAUCAAACAUUCCCCUAUCAGUUGUGGUACUUCAGGUUAAUUUAUUUCUCUCUGCUCUACCAGGGAGUGAAAAACUGCUUUGGUUUCCACACCUAGGUUCCAGCCAGGAUCCUUGUUUGAUUUCUUGAAGCAGGAUUUUUUUUCCCCCUUUGUUUGCCUCCCCUCCUGAUUCUAACAGUGGAAGUGUCCCUUCUGAGGAGAGCUGACCGCGUGUAGAAAACGUCACAUGAUUUACCUGCUUUUCAUAAUGUGUUAGAUAAUUAACUGUACAGGAAAGAAGAGCAUUCCAGCUUGAUCAAAUUACUUUUGCGAUGUUCACAUUGCACAAGUUGUGAACGCUCAAGCCAUCUUGUGCUUGUAAAGGUCCUUAUAAAGCUAAUAAAUGACUAAAGUCAUGAAA